GUUCAUAGUAAACGUUACGAAAAAUAAAAAAUAGUUUAUUGCUAAUUAUGGCCGGAUUUACAGAGAACGCUUUAGUCCGUAAAUUACAGGACUUAAAUUCAAGCCAACAAAGUAUUCAAACUUUAUCUUUAUGGUUAAUUCAUCACAGAAAACACCACGCCGCAAUCGUGAAAACUUGGUAUAAGGAACUGUUAAAAGCGAAAGAUACAAAACAACUCACAUUUAUGUACUUAGCUAAUGAUGUUAUACAAAAUAGCAAAAAGAAAGGCCCAGAAUAUGGAAAAGAAUUUGGCGAAGUGCUUGUGGAUGCUUUCAAACAUAUGGCGCAGACUGGUAUAAAUGCAAAAACUAAGACAUCUAUACAUAGGAUACUGACUAUAUGGCAGGAGCGAGGUGUUUAUGAUGCUCAAAAGAUACAAGAUUAUAAGGAAGCAGUGGAUCCUAAUGACGCAAUCCCCAAAAAAGUGAGCAAGCGUAAAUCUGUGGAAAAUAAUGAGCCAAAGGAGGAAAAGAAGAAGCCUAAAUUGGACAAAGAACGGCACGAGAGACGUCGUAGCGAGACCAAAGUGGAGGUAGACGGACAGAUUGAAACUCACACCACCCUCAGCCCGAAGACUCCACCUGGAGAUCCUCCUGAACCUGAGGAAUUAAUCAAGGCUCUUCUGGAACUGGAAUCCAGUGCAUCCAGCGACGAGGCAGUGCGAGAACGGAUCGCUUCACUACCACCCGAAGUCUCCGAAGUGCAAUUAUUGUCUAAGUUAGAAGAUAAGGAAUCAGCUCUAAGUCUCAGUGCGGUUGUGAACUCCGCCGUAGAACUUCUGGCCGAGUAUAACCUGAGGCUUUCUGAUGAAUUGGAGAAGAGACGGAAAGUGGCAGCUAUGCUAAGAGACUUCGCACAAGCACAACGGGAUCUCGCUAAACAAGCGGAGACCAGGCUAGAGGAAUACAAUAUAAAACUACAGAAGAUAUACGCAGUGAAAUCAGAAGUUAAAUCCCACAUAGACAACUUACCCGACGUGUCACAACUACCGGACGUCACGGGAGGCCUGGCGCCGCUGCCCUCCGCCGGGGAUCUCUUCAGUGUCUGAGGAAAGUUUGUACUUCAUUGUGUUUCUAAGAAUAAAUACAGGUGAAAUUGAAGUUAUAAAUACUAUUUACAAUUAUUAAUGGUUCAUGAUGAAUGUAACAUGGACCAUUCUUAAAUGCAAAUAGUGAAAUCCAUGAUGUUGUCAUUAUAUUACGGAACGAAAGUACUUUGAACUUAUAAACACUAUUUAAAAUUAAUAAUAGGCAUAUAUAAUUUUAUUGGCAGCAUAUUUCUGAAUAAAUUAAACAAAGAUUAGCGAUAAUUCUGAGAUAGUGGAAGGCUGAUUUGUUAGUAAUGCUCACCAAUGAUUAUUACGACAAAUAUUGAAUUAAUCACAAAAUAAAAUAUACACUGUUUUAAACUUAUCUCUCAUCUGUUUACAAUCACAUAUGUGAGAUAUUUAUUGUGAUAAUAUUAUUUAUAACUCAUGGUCGACUAGAAAUUGGAGCGAGGAGCAGAACAGGAGGCAAUAAAUAAUUUUAAUUUGGAAAAUAUCCCGUUUACAUAAUGUUUACAACAGUAAAAUAGGAAAUCCGCUAUAUAAUGCUAUGAUGGCAUACAUAGACGUUACGUAAUAUAUAACAAUUAUUUCAAUUUUAACCUGUAUCCUGGUAAUGAAAUUUUCCCUCGAAUAUUGUAAGUAAUCACUUGACAGAUUAUCAUAUAAACUUUGAAUAUCUAUAUUGUAAAUGCCUUUAGAUUUAAUAAUAUUAAGUAACGAUAAGGAUUGUCAAUACUAGUUUGAUAUAUUCUUACACAAAAAAGUAAUGUUCGGUACAAAUGAAGCAAUAUUUAUUAAAUAGGUCAGUUCCUGUAUUUCAUAGAUCAGUGUUUAAUCACAUGUGGUUUAUUUAAAUACUAUAAUAGCUAUUACUAGGUCACUCUAAUAUAUAGUUAUACAAAGCACUGCAAUUUUAAAUGCAUAUUUUCUAUGAAUUCUUAAAUUGUCUUUUAAUUGAACUCGCAAAUAAAGUAACUUUAAAUAUUUUUCUGUAAACUCGUAAUAGAAAACAGUACGGUUAACACAACUGAUGUACUUAAUCUUUAAACGAAUUUAGUUACACUAUGUUUUUAUAUAAACAUAGACUAAAUAACUUAUUCGGACAAUACUUCAAACUUGUAUCUUAUUAAAUUGUUUCAGUUAUAGGUCAACUCUAUAUAUUUAUCUUUAUCUGUAUUAGUAUGUGUCGAUAAAAUAGGUACUCCGUUUUAAAAACUUGUCUUGUAUUAUAUUGUAAAAUACUACAAAACUGCAUAUAUGUAAAAAUAAAUAAACUAAAUAUAUAUAUAUAUAUAAAACCAUAUGUUCUGGUAUAGUAAUCUUUAUAAUAAUUGAUAAUCUUUAUCUAAGCCAUAGUAAAAAUAUAAAUAGCUAUACCCAAACAUACCGACCAGAUGCAACAUAGUGUAUUUUUAUUGUCUAUUCGUUUGCCUGAAAAUAUUAUAUUAUUAGGAGUUGUAAUUAUUCCAAAUAUGACUGACAGUAGGUUUUAAUAAAUACUGGACUAAUAGAAUAUGACAAAA